AUGUCCGACAAAACACCAGCGGCUGGCACGGACUCGGAAACACCAGAAAGCGUCUACAGCGUCAAAAGCACCAGCGAGAAGAUAUUCAUCGUCAGCCUCACCGGCCUGGCCAUGAUCAUCUCCAUGGUCCCAACCAACAUCGUCCUGCCGAUUCUCCCGACACUGAAAGCGCAGUACGACGUGACAACAACCCAGAUGAACAUCCUCGUCACCGCAUUCUCGCUCGUCCAGGGCAUAACCCCCGCCCUGAUGUCUUCACUCUCCGACUUCCAAGGCCGGCGCAUAGGCUGGAUGGUUGCAUUGCUCUUAUAUACGGGCGCCAACAUCGGGCUCGCCUUACAGGACAGCUACGCAGCGCUGAUUGUGCUGCGCUGUCUCCAGAGCGCCGGAAGCAGCUGCGCCAUUCCAUUCGGGUUCGCCGUUUCAGCAGAUAUAGCCUCUCCGGCGGAGCGCGGGCGAUAUAUAGGCACGCUGCAGGGCGCUGUACUCGGCUCCUUCGCAUUUGGCCCUGUUAUUGGCGGCGCGCUGGCGUCCUCGUUUGGGUGGCGCGGCGUCUUUUGGUUUCUGACUAUUGGCAGUGGCUCGGUAUUGGCUUUGUAUAUCCUGGUUAUCCCCGAGACUGCGCGGAAUGUCGUUGGGAAUGGCUCGAUCGAGCCGAAGUCUUGGUGGAGGAGGCCCAUGACGGAGAAUAUUUGGCGGCGCCGGUAUACUUUGACGAAGAACGAUGAGCCGCCGAAGCCAAAGAGCAAAGUUACCGUCGCGCAGCUACUGCAGGCUUUCACCAUUCUUGCCGAGAAGGACGCUUUCAUUCUGGUCCUGUUUACGAGUCUGCUCUACUACGGCAUCACGGCCAUCUGGGCGUCCACUGGGAGUCACUAUGGCAGUCUAUACAACCUGAGUACGCUCGAGGUCGGAUUCGCUUUUCUACCAUACGGAGUCACCGGGGGCAUUGGCUCAAUACUCAGCGGCAAGCUGCUUGAUAUGAACUACCAAAGAAUCCGGCGCCACCAACAGACAGAGAGCACAGAGUUCCCAUACGAAGUCGCCAGGCUACAGGUCGCAGCCCCAUUCAUACUCAUGGCCACGCUCUCGUUCAUCGCGUACGGCUGGGUCGUGCAAACGGGACAGUCACUCGCAGUGGCAUUAGUCCUGCAGGCGCUUAUCGGGGGCGGCGCCACGCCAUUGCUGGGGAUUAUAUACACGCUGCUGAUUGAUUUAUAUCCCACGCAGGCUGUUGCGACGCAGGGGGCGGCUGAUCUGGUGCGGUGCUGGCUGGGUGCCAUUUCGGCGGCGGUUAUUGAUUACUUGCUCGAGAGCAUGGGGUGGGGUUGGUCGUUUACUUUUAUUGGGUUGAUUAUUAUCGCUUCAGUGCCGUCGCUUUGUCUUGUAUAUGUGCGCGGUGCGAGUUGGCGCAGGGAACGACAGUGUAUACAGUCUGGGUGA